AUGCCCGGCUAUGUCCCCCUUCUGCUGCUCCUGCUUCUCCUGAGGUGUUCAGAACGGGGUGGGGCAGUUAAUUUUGGUGAGAAGGAUGCAAAAGUCCCCAGGGCCUGGAGAGAUGGAGUCAGGGUCCCUGGAGAAGGAACCUCUUGGGCAGACAGGGCCAGUCCUGAGCAAAGGUACGGAAUAGUAGGACUAAGCCAAAGCAUUUCCACUAAGCACCCAGAGACCAGCCCUAAAGACUCAAGAAUAAGAGAAAAUGAUAUAACUGCAGAUGGAAGGACCACUGAGGAUCACAUCACUGCAGACCCAGGGACCACUGAGGAUUCUGUCACUGCAGACCCAGGGACCACUGAGGACAACGUGACUGCAGACCCAGGGACCACCGAGGGCUCUGUCACUGCAGACCCAGCAACCACCAAGGACUAUGUGACUGCAGACCCAGGGACCACCAAACACUCCAUCACUGCAGACCCAGGGACCACCAAGGAUUCCGACUAUGUGACUGCAGACCCAGGGACCACCAAGGAUUCCGUCACUGCAGACCCAGGGACCACCAAGGACUAUGUCACUGCAGACCCAGGGACCACCAAACACUCCAUCACUGCAGACCCAGGGGCCACUGAGGACCCCGUCACUGCAGACCCAGGGACCACCAAACACUCCAUCACUGCAGACCCAGGGACCACCGAGGACUCCGUCACUGCAGACCCAGGGACCACAGAAGAUGAAACCACUAAACAUGGUGACACUCACCUUCUGUGA